AUGUCUAAUUUCAAACGAGCGCCGCAAAAUGGCACGGCGCCAAAGCCGAGUAUUUUAAGCACUUUAAGAGCGACAUCGAUGAUAGAGACGAAAACCGCAUUGCCAGCGGAAAUUCUAGAGUCGAUCCUCAGUUACUUACCAGUGCCGGACCUCCUUCGGUUCGCGAGGACGUCGAAACGAAUGUGUGAAAUGGUUUACGAUGAUACGAGAUGGGUCGCACGGUUAAAGAGCAUGGGAUGCUGGAAUGAGUUGGAAGCUAGGAGGAGAUUUGAAGAGGCAGUGAAAAGAAAACGCGAUGCGGCGGCACGACCAACCGCUAACGGCGGAGCAAACCCGAACGCUGCGAGACAAUCAAGCUUGACUAUAUUUGAUGCUGCCUUAGAAGAAGAGCGUCGAAAGGCUGAGCAAGAGAAGGCUGAGCAGCCUCGAGAAUCAAGACUAGACGGGUUCGAAACAUUAAGUUUGAACUCAUCUCAGCCCAAAUCACCAUAUGAAGACCCGGCUGCACUGCUUGACGUAAUCAAGAACGUUAGAAGUAUACGGGGUCAUGCGAGGCAAGAGUAUGGAAAGGUUUAUGGCGCUCUGGCGCCGUUCUAUUUUGAUCUGGCCCGAGCGAAGACUCAUACCGAACCGAUUGUCUUCAAAGUGUUUCGAGAUCCUGAGAGACAAGCACAAAUGUUGGCUAACUUACAGAUUUUCGGAAAAAGUGAUUGGACCCAGGGUUAUCUGCAGCGAGAAUCCAAGCUCAUCAACAUGAUGACUAUCUUUGAAAGUGCGGUCCUAAGAGAAUUUGAACAGGGUUACGAAUUCUGGGACGUCGACGGCAGAAUGCGGAGGUACGCACACAUCAUGCACACAUUGAACGGUGGUAAUGCGGCCGUGGACCUCUUCAUUCACAAGCAUCCGAUUCUCAAUGAUCGUGCACUCCUAGGUAAUCCGAUGGAGUGCGUUAACACAGUCGCCCACGACGACGUCACACUUGAGCCUUCUCGCCUGUUCUUCGAAUUACUUGCCCAAAAGUUAAACGAGCAGAGCGGCGUGAUUGGCCGCAUCUUUCCACAGCCGGCCGGUGUCUUCUGGGCAUUUGUGGACAAAAUCCGGGAAGAAAUCAUCAUGGAGUACGUCACUCCACUGUUGGACGAAUGCCAUGAUCGAUAUAUGCCCUCCUAUCUAAGAGCAGUAUCUGGCCUAUUUGAACAAUGCAUGCAUUUUAUCAAGUCGUUAGUUCCAUCGAAGGGUUCAGAAGAGAGCCUGGAAGAGCAUGCAAAGUACAUAGCGUUGAGGGUCUUCGAGCCACACCUGGAUCUAUACUUGCAAGAGGAGCUAGAUAGCUUCACGAAGUAUGCCGAGCGCGAAGUUGACGACUGGGAACAGAAGCUUUCAGAGCAGGAUGCUUCAGUUGAAUCAUUUUAUAUGGGCAAUUUCAACCGACAGGCCGACAAGAAUGAUUUCCUAAGUUCCUUCAAGAAAGUUGUCAUGAUGCCGGUUACCGUCUUGCCUAGUGCUAUUUCACCUUUUGGGACUAGUAAACCGGCUUCGACAUCAACUAGUAAUAGGGAUUCCACAAUCAGAUCGUCGGUCAACGGUACACCUGUACCAUCCCGUCCCGAAACACCGGGACUCGGCGGGGCUUCGGAACGGAACGGGAACGGCACCCCUUUACCUUCUGAAGCACCUAACGAUGAACUUAAAGCGAAAGCUGCGCUAAUGGCGAACCGGCUCGAAGGGAUUAGAAGUCUUUUCAGCAUCGAGGUCGCCCUUAGUUUAGUGCGUGCUGCAAAGGAGAGCCUCGGUAGAGCAUCAAAAUUUGUUACGCUAGGCGGUCAGGCCGGCGAAGAAGCCCGGGAGCAAUGCGAAGCAAUGUUUGUGGUGCUGGUCAAAAUCCUUGGCCAAACACACGUUAAGAACGGGUUUUCAAAAGCAGUAGAACACCUUGGCCGCUAUAAUCCCCGUGAGAUAAGCGAUCAUAGCCAGACAGGAGUGGCACCGCUUGUCAUGUUUAUUGAGCUGGUCAAUGUGGGCGAUAUUAUCUCACAGAUGGUAGACGUGUUCUACGAACAGCAGCUUGCAGCGACGAAGAUUGCAGACCGCAACGAUUUUCUCGACCCAGCUGGCCUAGCAAAAAAGAAAUUCGAGCAGAUGUUGGACGAAAUGGUUGCCGCAGGCCUGAACAAAGGUAUAGACGUUUUGAUGGACGAAGUUGAAUAUCUCUGCGCUACAACACAGCUUCCCACUGACUUCAAUCCACUACCACCAUCGCCAGAGGCUACAACACCACCUACCGAUCCUGAUAUUGGACCAACUAUAACAGCCAAACGCGUUACCGAACUCGUAGCUUCUCAUACGAAGAUGCUUGUUGGGAGCACGGAGAAGACCAUGCUCGAUGUGUUUAACAGCGAAGUCGGACUUCGUUUGUUCACUGCCGUUUGCAAGCAUAUUAAACGCCAGCGCAUAAGCACUGACGGCGCGAUCAAACUUAUUGCGGAUAUGACCAUGUAUUUCGAAUAUAUCCGGACGCUCAAGAACCCAGAUCUACUAGCAUAUUUUAAAGCGCUACGAGAGUUAAGCCAGAUCUACCUCAUCGAUGCACGACAUGCCAAAGAAAUGGCAACUAUCAUUGCCGACGGCGAUCGAUUUGGCGGUAUAUUCCGUGCCGAGGAAGUGUAUGAAUUUGCUGAGAGAAGGGCCGACUGGUACCAGGUCAAGAGGGAUGUAGAGAGAGCGAUGUACGGGCUUGAGUGCCAAGUUAUGUAA